CAAGAAGAGACGAAGCCAAAGUUAACAAGAAACUAUCAGUCUCUCACCUAACAGCUUCCACGUGUCUUCCUCGCGAAAGUAAUGGCAUUGCCAUUGUAUGGUUGCGUUAAGAAUUCUACAGAUCAUUCAUUCCCCAAUUCAAUACGAAGACGAAGUUGUGUGAUAAUCAUUCAUUAAUCACACAUUUGAUCUGAGCGAGGGAGAGAGAGAAAGAGAUCUUGUCCGAACGAUGAAGGCGGAGAAGAAUCCGAUUCAGUCCGUAAUGGCGUGGAUUCGCCGGCAACCGCCAAAAGUAAAGGCUUUUCUUGGCGUGGUAACGGCAAUGACGGUGCUUGUUCUCCUCAGGGUGAUUGUUCAUGAACACGACAAUCUUUUCGUCGCUUCUGAGGCUGUACAUGCCGUUGGUAUCGCUGUUCUUAUCUAUAAGCUCACAAAGGAGAAGACUUGUGCUGGGAUAUCUCUCAAGACACAGGAGCUAACGGCUUUGUUUCUGGCUGUGAGAUUGUAUUGUAGCUUUGUAAUGGAGUUUGAUCUUCAUACAUUUCUUGAUUCAGCUACUUUGGUGACCACUCUUUGGGUCGUUUAUAUGAUCCGUUUCAAGCUUAGACCUACUUAUAUGGAAGAUAAAGACAAUUUUGCUAUCUAUUUCGUCGUAAUCCCAUGUGCUGUUCUGUCUUUCUUCAUUCAUCCAUCAACACGUCACCACAUCAUAAACAGGAUUUCUUGGGCAUUCUGUGUUUAUCUUGAAGCUGUUUCAGUUCUUCCUCAAUUAAGAGUCAUGCAGAACACUAAGAUUGUGGAACCAUUCACUGCACAUUACGUAUUUGCUUUGGGAAUUGCUAGGUUCUUGAGUUGUGCACACUGGAUCCUUCAGGUUCUGGAGUUUUUAUCCUUGUUAGGCUACACAUAUCUCCAUAUUGUAAUGUUUCUAAAAAUGAUUUAAACGCUUGUAGGUGUUGGAUACGCGAGGGCGGUUACUGACUGCAUUAGGGUCUGGACUGUGGCCUGUAAUGGUCCUCAUCUCUGAAAUAGUCCAAACCUUCAUUCUUGCAGAUUUCUGCUAUUACUAUGUUCAGAGUUUAAUGGGUGGACAGCUCGUUCUUCGACUCCCGUCUGGUGUGGUGUAAAAAGCUCUGCGAAAAUGGAGUGCUUGAGCUUGUGGAGAGGUUUAAUGAUUAGGGAUUUUGAGACACUCGUAUGAUUUAAAAGUUUUUGAUAGCAAAGAAGCAUUAAUGUUAAUUCAGAUUUUAGUUGUGAUGACGUUUUGACUCCACGAUCAUAUGAUUUGAUACACAACGCUUACAGUUAC